AUGAGAAUCAUCAUCGUGGGAGCCGGAAUUAGUGGCUGCUCAGCCUACCUUUCACUCAAGAAGCAUCUCCCCCAGCCACCGGGGCACGCAGAAAACCAUACUUACACCAUAUAUGAAGCCUACGAUACAGCCCGGGACACAACAUUUCAGGAAAGACCAGCUUCUGCCACUGGCGAAGGAGCCACCCGAUCCGCAACUUUAGUUGUGGGCGGCGGCCUAGGUGUCGGGCCUAACGGCUUGAAUGUACUACGCCGACUAGACGAGUCCCUGUUACAGGAAGUCGUCUGUAGUGGAUAUCCGUACUCAGAGUUCCACCUCAAAAGCGCCUAUGGAUGGACAUUGAUGCAGGUGCAGGCAACAGCGGAGGUAGAUGGGCACGCAAUGAAUUCGGUAGCCAUGAGUCGUCACUCGAUCUGGCAAUGUCUGCGGGAUCGAAUUCCCGAUGAUGUGGUAGUGAACAAGAAGAUUGCAAAAGUCGUUCCAAAUGGAAGCUCUACUGGCAAACAUCUGGUCACAUUCGCUGAUGGAAGUGAGCCUGUGGAGGCCGAUUUGGUGAUAGGUGCCGACGGACUAAAGUCAACGGUGAAACGGGCGCUUUUUGAUGCCGAGAACCCAGAAGAUGAUCCUUAUCCUCCGAAAUACGAAGGUCUCGUCGGAGUGGGUGGCUUUGCACCCGUGACAGAGAGUCUGCGUCGUAACAUCCCAGAUGGGGUAAUGACAAUCACUUUUGGGGGAUCCGGCAUGUUCGGCUACGUCUACUCAUCCAGCUCCCAAACAGAUGAGCACCGGGCAUCAGCAAACCACAUUUCAUCCCCUGGAGACACGAUCACCUGGUGGUCCACAUACGGAAUGAAUGAGUGCCCAGAUCCUAAAACCGUGGAUCGGACUGCGAUCACAGAAGAUCUACGAAAACGACACGCGAACUGGAGUGAUCCUGUCAUUCAGGAAAUCAUCCGAUCAGUCAAUGUAGAGACAAUGUACCCGACGUGGACGACGCCCGAGUUGCCGAUCUGGGAUCGGGAUGGCAUCGUGCUACUAGGUGAUGCAGCACAUGCACUGCCACCAACUUCAGGGCAAGGUUCAGCGCAGGCACUGGAAGAUUCAGAAUCGUUUCCGAUGAUGUUGGCCCAUUAUCUGAAGCGAGUAUAUGGAAAUGCCCCAACUGCGGAGUUCACCGAGAAGGAUGCCAUUCAACUUGCGGCAAAGAAACAUACAGCUCUACGGUAUCCUCGGGUCAAGGCCCUUCUUGACGAGGCCCAACAGCGCCAGCAGAAAAAGCAGCAAAAGGGCAUCGUGGGGGAGUUUAUGAUGUAUUUGAUUCUGUGGUUGGUUGGUAUAUUCUCUCCGGCGAACCCUGCGAAGGAUAUGCUUGAGUAUAACAUUGCAGAUGAAGUGCAAAAAGUACUCGCGGAGGACGAAUAA